CCCGCCGCGCCCCGCCCCGCCCCCGGGCUUGGCCACCUGCCGGGGAAACUUGUGGUGGAUUGUUGCCCUCGGGUUGCGCCAGGGCGGGGACACGGAAUCGGGCCAUGGAACUUACGUCGGGGACUCGCGAGCCCCGGGUCCGGCCGAGAGAGCGGGACCUAGACCGGCACCCCCGCCCGGACCGAGACCGCCACCCGGAGCGACAGCGGGAUCGAGCCGAGGACCGGCGCAGGGAGAGAAACGGGGGCGAGCGGAGGGACGGGGACCGGGACAGGGGGCGGGACCGAGACCCCCGCCUGGACAGACACAGGUUCGGGGACCAUCGCCCUGGUGAACAAAGAGUUUGGGAAAAAUCCCGCCAAAGCCGGACGCGGGACGGACCUCAGCGGCCGACCAGGGACGCAGCCCCGCCCACCUGGCCCGCACCUUGGGAAACCCCGGAGCCGCCGCCCCACAGGAAGGAGGUCUUCGGGCACCGUGGACCAGAAAGUGAAUUCACUUCAGGAAGAUAUCUGCCCUCAAACGCCAGGCCUGGACGUGAGGAAGUGGAAUAUUACCAGUCAGAGGCUGAAGGACUCCUGGAAUGCCACAAAUGCCGAUACUUGUGCACUGGCAGAGGUGUGGUACAGAUAGUGGAGGUGAUACUGAAUGGGAUGGUUCUCAUGUGUAUCGUGGCGUCCUACUUUGUCCUUGCUGGAUUCAGUGCCAGCUUUACCAGCGGCGGCGGCUUUGGGAACAACUAUUACUCACCAUUUGAGGGCACUGAGCUGGAGCAGGUUCGGCAGCUGGACCAGCAGUACACGGUCCUCCGGGCACCCCUGAUAUACGGCGGUGUGGCUGUUUCUCUGGGGCUGGGUGUCCUCACCAUGGGUGUUUUACUCCAAGGAGCCAAGAGUCUAAGCAAACUGCCAAGGAAGUGGCUCCUCUUGGAGGCUGCCUUCAGCCUCCUGGCAGCAGUGGGCUACUGCAUAGGCAUUGGCGUUUACCUCCACGUAGCCUUGCGGAUCAAUGCCACGGACACUUGCAAAACAAGACAGAGGCUCUAUGCCCGCAAAGGUCUCACCUGGAUGAACUGCCAGCUUGCAGGCACUGAUGGAGCAGCAGCCACCUUUGCUUGUCUUCUGGUGAUAAUGUAUGGCGCCAGCGUGGUGCUGGCCCUACGGAGCUACCAUGAACAGAAGCACUACAAAGACAGCCAAGCACAGCACAGAAAUUACAGUGAGGCACCGGAGUAUCUAUGGUCUGGAACACUCUGAGACUUUCUACUGGAAGCUAAAUGUCAACCCACCUGCCUUACUUCUAUCCAAAAAAAAAGGUCCUUUAAAAUCGCACAUUUGAUAACUGGGGUUUUCACAUACUUGAUUUUAUAAAUGCUCUUCUUGGUUACAGCGCAAAGCUAGAUGGUCAUCUCAUUUUUCUAUCAAUUAAGUCUUUGUUGGCUGAUCGUUUGAAAAAAACAUCUCCACCGUUGCUACAAAGAACAUACAUUUGAAUAUAAUCUUAUGGUAUGGCUCUUACCAAAUGGUAAGGUGAUGGUUAUGGCUAAGUAGCCACAGAAAUUCUGAAAGUUGAGAACUACAUUUCAGGGGUAGCAGGCCCAGUUAUAGUAGAAAUGUCUUACCUGUGUUAACUAUUUAAAGUCACCAAAAGAAAUAUGCCAUUGCCCCUCAUAUUUGGCCCGUGGGAAUGAUUUUAAAGCAGUUGUGUGAUUGAAUUCUAAACAAUUCCAUUCUGACCGUCUCCUAGAAGGAAACUAUUCUGCCCACAGGACAGUGUACCGUGACUGCCUGGAUCCCAAGGAGCCUUCUUCCAGUAGAGAUGGUGAGGCUGGAUUUCUCAUACAUGAAGAGAGACGCUGUUAGCAUGCAUGUUCCUCCUCAGGAUGCCUGCGUUAGGGCUGAGAAAAUGUUUUAGGUUUUUUAUUUGCCCGCAUUCCAAGUUAGUUUCUUUUUUGUUCCAAGUCAUUCAUUUGGAAUUCACUUUCCUGACAUAGUUUGUUUCUUAAGUAUGAAGCUUCCAAGUAGUGAGAAAUGAAAUUUAUAAACUCUUAAACGUGUAAUCACAUUUCAACUAUCUCAAAGAUAAAACACUUAAUUUUACUAGAUGAUAAAGGCUUAUAGGAGGCUUCUUCAUUGCUGCAGUCCGUUGAGUGACAGUGCCUUACAGAGAAGGCCUUCAAAGGUAGAUUGGAAUCUCUCAUGACCCUGAAUUGUUUUCAUAAUGUAACAGAUCAUUAAUACUGAAUCUUAAAAAUAAAGUUCGUUCAAUAAUUUUAAUCCAAAGUUUUACAGCUGUUCUUGUAUUUUACAACUUAUCUCAGGUUUUCAGUUUGUCAG